AUGAAGCUGCGUAGACCAGCUAGCCUCUUCUUUGGAUUAGAAAGGCAGGGCUUUUGUGUAUGUCCUGUCAGUCCUGACACAAUGGAUACUCCGUUAGGUACAGAGUACAUAUGGGGUACUUCCAUUAGUUCGUGCCGCUUCGUGGUUGUCAGAGCAGAAAAACAAACACGAUCUGGAACAAGCUCGGCCUUGGAUCUCAAGCCCUGGCUUGAUACGAUUGGCAUCCCCAGAAAUACCGAGUCGUCGGUCAGGUUAACGCAGUCUAAAGCCAACCCGCCGUCUGAGCCACCUUCCUUUCAGCCAGACCCGUCCACAGGGCUUAUUGACUCGUGUCACCACAAAGGCAUCUUUUGGUCCCAUUGCAGAGCACCGCAGAACAAAACCCCAACCCCCUCUGAAGACGCGCAUAUGAUCCUCAUACAUCCACCGCAAAAUACAAUAUCCCCCGCCAAAGUGGAUAUCUCACUGCUUCUGAAGCGUGACGAUGAGGAAGAAGCGCCAUCGGUAUCUGCUGCAUCUUCUUCCAGGCCUUCUACGGCACCCGUCGUGACCACGGCCAUGCCUGCAACAACAGCAGUCUCGGCUCCAGCACCCACGACAACCACAUCUCUUGCUAAGCCUGCGCUCCCGGCGUCAGCCGGGACAAAACGCCUCCAACCCGCGCAUUCCAACGAGCCACCGGCCAAAAAACAGUCAAAAUGGUCCCCUGAGGAGGACGCGUUGAUCAUCGAACUGCGCGGAAGGGGGAUGAAGUGGGAGGACAUCAGCAAACGGUUGCCGGGGCGAAGCGCAAUCAGUUGCCGUCUUCACUACCAGAACUAUCUCGAGCGUCGGAGCGAAUGGGACGAAGACCGAAAGAACAAGUUGGCUCGACUGUAUGAAAGGUUCAAGGCUGAAAUGUGGUCCAAAGUCGCCGAGGAAAUGGCGAUUCCAUGGCGCGCCGCGGAAGCCAUGCACUGGCAGUUGGGAGAGCAAGAGAUGGCCCGCAGAGCCGGUGUUGUGCCGUUUUCCCUCUCCAGUGGAUCGGGGGAGUCUGCAUCCAAGGCUCGUCGAAGUAAUACAGUGAUGCCACGGCUCAGGAGGCCCUCAGUAUCACAGCGACCGGCACCACCUCAGCUGCCGUCUGUUGAAGAACUCACUGCGGGGGUGCCAGCAUAUUCAUCGCCACUCACACGGACGAUGACACAGCCCAUCGUCGACCCUUAUCGGAUGACAAGGCCUCCUCCGCCGCUGAACAUCAGUCAACCUGGUGAUCUGCCUGGCGCAGAUCCGGGUUCAUUAGCACGCACAAGGCCGUAA